GUUAGAUCGUUAGUUGUGUGACCGAAUAAACAUGUGUUGCACUUAGCACCGUGUGCUGCCUGCCGGCUUCGCCCCUGCGUAGGCGAAGAUAUAAUAGUGGCGACGAGGAUGGGAUCCGUGUGAAUCCGCACGGCCGACAGACGCCAGGCACUUUUGGGAGCGGAAGACUUCAACAUGGCAGCGGCUGGCAAGUUCGAACCCUUCCUCGAGGACGGAGACGAGGAUUUCGAAUCGUACAUCGAGCGGUUCGAGCACUUCCUUCGGGCGACCCAGGAGAACCGGAGCUGGCUUAAGGCGGCGGGAACAGUACUGGACGGGCCGAGAGUGGAAAACAAGGGUCCGCUCUCUAGGGACACUAGAGAGCCCACCUCGACCAGCACGCCUACUCGGCUCAACGAUCAGGACCCACCAGCAUCGAACUUGACGUCACCAGCAGUUGAAUCGGCAGGGCCUUCUACCCAGCCUUCUCCGGGCCUUCUACACGACAGCGGUCCGACGCUCGACAGUGGUCCCCAUAACGGCGACCCCUCGGGACAAUCAACACCGCAGCUUCGACGUUCUACCCGGUUGAGGCGACCGCCAGACCGGUACGUGCCGUGAGACGAAAACCUCGUGAGGGGAGAGGAGUGUUGUGUUAUCGUGUUUGUGCAUCGUGGUGCUGACGCAGACGCACUUCGCUAUCCGCGGUGACCCGGACUCGGACUGUUGGGCUUUGUGACGUCAAUGCUUGGUGUGAUAGUGGCUCGAGCAUGUAUAUAAGCAAC